CUUCCGCCGCCGCCGCCGCCGCCCGGCGCCGCUUCCGGACGGUGAUGGGGGGUGGCGGUGGCCGCCGCCGCCGCCGCCGCCGGGGACAGCGAGGGCGAGGGCGCGGAGGAGCCGCCGCGCCGGGUGCGGGCGCCGCGGCCCCGGCACUCAGCGGCAGGUCAGUUUGAUUGGUGGAUAAAGAAGGACCAUGGCAGGCAAUAACCAACUUUGCAUUCGACGUUGGACUACCAAGAAUGUGGCCAAGUGGCUGAAGGAAGAAGGCUUCUGUGAAUAUGUGGAUGUUUUGUGCAAUAGACAUAGGCUAGAUGGAAUCACACUGCUGACACUUACUGAGUAUGAUUUGCGAUCUCCUCCGUUGGAAAUCAAAGUCCUGGGGGAUAUCAAGAGACUGAUGCUGUCCAUACGCAAACUGCAGAAGCAACAUCUUGACGUCCUGGAAGAGCUGGGUUACAACAGUGACAAUCACAUUGGCACAGUGUGCCCAGCUGGUUCACUGCAGGGUACAGAUUGGUUUUGUAAUGGUGAAGUACCUCGGGACUAUGAUGGACUAAUGACUGACCUGAAUGGUGAUCAGUAUCAGUAUGCAAACGGAAAGAACAAACAUGCCACACGGAGACUGGACCCUGAGUACUGGAAGACAGUUUUAAGUUGUGUGUAUGUUUUCAUAGUGUUUGGCUUUACAUCAUUCGUUAUGGUUAUAGUGCAUGAGCGAGUACCUGACAUGCAAACAUAUCCACCUCUACCAGACAUAUUUCUAGAUAGUGUCCCUAGGAUACCAUGGGCUUUUGCUAUGACUGAAGUAUGUGGAGUAAUUCUUUGCUACAUUUGGCUGUUGGUUCUUCUGCUUCACAAACACAGAUCUAUACUCCUGCGCAGGAUGUGCAGCCUCAUGGGGACAGUGUUUUUACUACGUUGCAUUACAAUGUUUGUUACCUCACUCUCGGUGCCAGGCCAGCACUUGCAGUGUACUGGAAAGUUGUAUGGCAAUGUUUGGGCAAAACUCCAGCGGGCAUUUGCAAUAUGGAGUGGCUUUGGAAUGACUCUGACUGGAGUACACACCUGUGGAGACUAUAUGUUCAGUGGGCACACUGUCGUCCUGACCAUGCUCAACUUCUUUGUCACAGAAUAUACCCCAAGGAGCUGGAACUUCUUGCACACCUUAUCCUGGGUCCUGAAUCUCUUUGGAAUCUUCUUCAUUUUGGCUGCACAUGAACAUUAUUCUAUAGACGUCUUCAUUGCCUUUUACAUCACUACAAGACUCUUUUUGUAUUACCAUACAUUGGCUAAUACUAGAGCAUAUCAACAGAGCAGGAGAGCAAGGAUCUGGUUUCCAAUGUUUUCUUUUUUUGAAUGCAAUGUUAAUGGUACUGUUCCAAAUGAGUAUUGCUGGCCCUUUUCAAAACCUGCCAUACUGAAAAGAUUGAUUGGCUGAAGGCUAUGUGGGUCAGUUCAGACUUUUAUGAAGCGUUAUGAUUAAGAUCCUACAGGGCUAGCUGGGGGGGGUGGGGGGAAGACAAAUAACAUUUUUCACUCCAUGCUCUCCUCCUCCUUGCCUUGUUUCUUAGAUUCUUAGCCAUAAAAUGGGGUUCCCAUACUUCACAGGGAUGCGCUUUGUUUUCUUUCUGUGAAAAUAGAAAACAAUGCAGGAACAGGUACAGGCUAUCAGUGAACCAUGACUAUAAACCAGAAUACUUUUACCCUUAGUAAGGUUCUGUGUGAAUGUUUGUGGAAGUUUAACCUAAACGUGCUUGCAUUGAAUAUAAUACACCCUUUACAGGUCCAAAUAAUCUCUGUUACCUGAAUGGCAGCCUUUAGAUAUACUAACUAAAAAAUUAGAACUUUAUGAAGUCUUUGAAGAAAGCAGUAUAGUUCCUUGCUGAAAGGGUCUCUUAACUGUUAAAUAACAAGUCUUAAAGUGUAAUUGACAAUAUAAAUGGUUUGCAUACAGGUUGCCAAAAAUGAAAGUCUCCCUUGUGGCUAUGCAGUGAUUAUAUUUUUUUAAUAAGAAUUUAUUUAGUCUAGCCUAUAAGUUGUCUAUAUGGUUGUUUUAUCACUCGAAGGUUUUCUCUUUUGUGUUUAAAUGCGUUAAAGUAAAUGGAACAGCCACUGAACACAAAGAUAACUUAGCUUUAGUGAGUUUAAAGCCACAAAGUAACUUUUGUGUGGUUUUGAUUGCUUUAUAUCCAAACCUGUGCAUGCUUUUCAGGCGCAGCUCUUUCACGUUGGAAAAACAGAACAAUUGUCUUCAUGUAUCUUACUGUCCCAUAAAUGGAUGGGAAAAAUGCAUGUAGUAACUCGUUCAGGAAAAGUAAUAAUAGUGAGUGUUGGAUAUAGUGCUCAUAUUGAUGUAUGUUUUAGCACUCUGGUGUCAACAAUAUGGUGAAUAUCUCUAGAUAGAUAUAUAUAUGCACAGUAUAUUUGGUUAUAUAUAUAAACACACAGUGUAUGUUUUUCUAACAAGUAUGAAAAGAGACUGGUUCUUAAAUUAAGUUGCUCAUUUACUACCCUGAAAGAUAAAAGUACCAAGUUUUGCUUGUUAAAGAAAACAAACCACAGCCCACAACAAAACCUCCUCCAAACCCUCAAACCAACACUCCGAGUCCGUAAUGCAUAAGCAAGGUCACACAGUGAUCAGUUAUGCAGUGGAUUGUAAGGGGACAAUACUACUGUUGGCUGUAGAGCUGUAGGCUGUUGAAAUUAGAUUUAUGCUAAACGAAAACUGAUAGGUAGAAGGUACAGAUCAUAAAAGUGGUAUAGACCUUUUAAUUUUAUUAUUGUGAUUUCAGGAUAGGUGAUAAGUGCAAAAGGUAGUGUAAGUCAGCUUUAGAAAGUUACACAAGGCAGUUCCAGCUUGGUACAAGCUGACUUAAUGAGCACAAUGUACUUGUGUGUGCAUAGAAAUGAAUCCACUUGGAAUUUGCCAGUUUUGUAUUCGGAGGCUUGUAACCUACUGAGGGCUACUCCUUGCUGUAUUGUGUUCCUUUUAUAAACCUCAAUUGUACUAACUCGACUCUCUUACGGUCUUCAUAGUGUAUUACUUUGUAACUUAAAUUGGCUCCCCUUCCACAGAGGAAUUGUGCAUCUUGAAGUAUCUCUGCCAACUGUAUUGAGCACAUCUACCUUGUACUAUUCUACAGACUUUUAUAUUUGUAACAUUCCAAUUUUCUACCAAAAUUGCAGGUUUAGUACUGUAUUGUUCAAUCUGACAUAGCCUGGUGGCUCUUGCCUUCCAAAUUGGGGGAGUAUGCUUACACUUAAGAAAAAAGGAGAAAAUAUUUUGAAAUAUUUAAAUGCUUGUCAUUUGCUGUUCUUAACUUUCUGAUUUCAGAAAGGCAAUUUGAACAUUCCUCUUGAGACUUUAUAAUGAAAAAGCUCUAUUUGUUAAUUUAUUUGCCUUUGCAAUGCACACACAGUUAUGAAUGCUAUUUUUCUAAAUUGUAGGAAACAUCUGUUCUCAGAAAGUGCAGGAUUGUAUUCUGAGUUAUAUAGAGAGGUAUGCAAUUAAAUUUGCAAAGCUGUUGAUUCUGAAAAUAACCAUGUGAGUGCUAAUUGGCGUAGCUGUGUCUAAACUGAAAAAUUAUUUUGCAACUUAAGGCAUGCACGAGAAUUUUCAAGUACAGCCCAGUGUAGCAAUGUUUACAUAAAGUAAAGCUAUCAUUUCAAUACUACUUUUUUUAAAAAUGAAGUUCAUAUACUUUGAAACGUAAGGUUUUCUCUUUGUUCUAAUUUAAUUUUUCAAAGUCUGUUGAGUAAAUUAUGUUUUAAAUCAGCAUUGUCUAUCAUUGUUUUUUAAAGGAAGCUUGCUCUGUUGUGCUGUUUCCCUUGAUACUAAAUAUCCGAGCCCAAGAUAAGUAACAUAAAGAAGUUGGUUUGUUAGCGUUGGAGUGGGUUAAAAUGUUGUCAGGAUUAAUUGUUCUCUACUGUUGUGGAAAUUCAUUGUCUGUCUAUAAACAUGACAGAGAAAGGCUUGAAAUAGAAGACAGAAAAAUCUGGUCUCGCAUGCAAAAGAACACAGGUUAUUCUGUAAAGUUUAUAAUGUAAGCUUUAUUGCUAAUUAGAUGGAAACAAGUUGGAAGUAGCUGACAGGCUUAAAAUUUUGCACCUCCUUUUUGAAAGAGUCAGUGUUUUAAAAGCAUUUUGCUGCUUCUUCUGCUGGCAAACACUUUUGAGUAACAACAGCAGAGCAUCACUGCGCCUGGGAUUUAUUGCUAAGUAUGUUCAUGGUUGUCCUUCUCCUUUAUGUUCACGCUCCAGUCUUUUCGCUGUUGUUUAACAUGUUGCACCUGUUUUGCGCUAA